AUGUGCUCUUCGAGAGCUUCGCUGACCACUACCACAGCUCAAAAGUACCUGAGCCUUGAGCAGUCGCCUAAGCGUAUCAUUGCUGAGUACAUCUGGAUCGAUGGCUCCAAUGGCCUGAGAUCCAAGUGCAAGCAAGUCGCCAAGGGCCGUGUUGGUCUCGACGAGCUGCCAGAAUGGAACUUUGACGGUUCGUCAACAGGCCAGGCCCCUGGCAACAACUCGGAUGUCUACCUCCGCCCCGUUGCCGUCUUCGACGACCCCUUCCGCGGCAAGCCUAACGUCCUCGUCAUGUGCGAGACUUGGAUGUCUGAUGGCAAGCCCAAUGCCUUCAACUUCCGUCACGACGCUGCUCUCCUGAUGGAGGCCAACGCCAAGGAAGGCUUCUGGUUCGGUCUCGAGCAGGAGUACACCCUCCUCGAUGUUGACGGCUGGCCUUUUGGCUGGCCCAAGAACGGAUUCCCCGCUCCCCAGGGCCCCUACUACUGUGGUGUCGGUACUGGCAAGGUCUUCUGCCGCGAUCUCGUCGAGGCUCACUACAUGGCCUGCUUCUACGCCGGUAUCAACAUUUCGGGUACCAACGCUGAGGUCAUGCCCGCCCAGUGGGAGUACCAAGUCGGUCCUUGCACCGGUAUCAACCUUGGUGACGAGCUCUGGAUGUCCCGUUUCAUCCUUCACCGUGUUGCCGAAGACUUUGGUGUUAAGGUUACGCUCGCCUCUAAGCCCAUCCCUGGAGACUGGAACGGUGCUGGUCUUCACACCAACGUCUCAACAGAGGCCAUGCGUCAAGACGGCGGCAUGAAGGUGAUUGAGGAGGCCAUGGAGAAGCUGGCCAAGCGUCACAAGGAGCACAUGGAUGUGUACGGUGAGGACAACGCUCUCCGUAUGACGGGCAAGCACGAGACAGCAUCGAUGGACAAGUUCACUUGGGGUGUCGCCGAUCGCGGAUCAAGUGUCCGUGUCAACCGUGCCGUGGCCGAGGAGGGUAAGGGCUACUUCGAGGACCGCAGACCGGCCUCGAGCGCCGACCCUUACCAGAUCACUGGUAUCAUUGUCGAGACCCUCUGUGGCAAGGUCGAGGGUGCCAACGUUCACAAGACAGCCAUGACGGCCGAGAACGUUGACCUCGAAAUGGUUGUGCCCAUUUCCAAGCCCUAA